AUGUUGGUUUGCGUCGGGGACUCCAAAGACAAAGACUAUAGUGACCGUAAGAAAAAGGCGGAGGCAUACGCUACUUUAAUUGAGAAAUGCAAGGAAGUCGACCCCACCUGCACCAGGGAAAUCGUGGUGAAGAAAAUCAACAAUAUCAGGACAGUGUACCGCAAAGAAUUGAAGAAGGUGAGAAAGUCGACACUAUCAGGAUCUGCAGCAGAUCGGAUACACAAGCCAUGCUUGUGGUAUUUCGAUUUGUUGCAUUUUCUACGGGACCAACAGAUCUCCAGGGGCUUUACAAACGCGAUGGAAGACUCCGAAAUGAUUUCAACCGUGAAAGAGGAACAGCUAGAGGAUAUUCAAGAGGAAGACAUUGAUACUAAGGAUACACUUUCAUUUGAGAUAUCAACAGCACAAUGCGAUAUGUUCUCACCGUCUGUGUCGAGAUCAAGUUCUACGUCUUGGAAGAGGAAGAAAGGAACGAGUGACGAAAAUACGACAGAAGUAAUGAAACUUGUAGGGAGAACGCUGCAAUCGUUGGAAAAUGAAGAUGAUUUCCAAGUGUUUGGGAAAUAUGUAGCCAACAAAUUAAGAAACGUUAGUGGCGAGCAAUGCAUUAUAGCACAGAAAUUAAUAUCUGAUGUAUUAUUUGAAGCAGAAAUGGGGUCGCUAACAAGAAAAUUUCGAAUGGUAGAAAUUAGGAAUUAGAAUUGUUGCUGGUCUGCUUCGUUAAAAGUUCACCAGUGAGGGUGAAGAACGUCGAAAUGGCCAAGUUACAGUCGUUUAGAAGUCUUUGAGCGUU